AUGAGCAGCUCAAGAAUUGUUCCAGAGCAUGAAGAUGCAGAAGCAUUUAUGGAGGCAGUGAAACUUGUGUUGAAAGAUAAGAGAGGAAAGUAUGAAGAAUUCUCAAAACUCAUAAUUGGUUACAUGGCCAGAAGCGUUGAUAUCGGAGCUGUCAAAGAAUUAGCCAUAAAGUUGUUUAAAGAGCAUACAGAUUUGAUUUCAAGAUUCAACAAUUUCUUGCCACCGGGUCAUGAAAUCUCACUUGCAUUGGAUGAUGAACAACAAGUUGCUGAUGAUGAAGGGUUAGUAGUCAAAGAUGAACAGAAAGAUGAUGAACAAAAGGGUGAUGGCGAUACAUUAGCAGUCAAAGAUGAUGAACAACAAGGUCAUACAUUAGCAAUCCCUUAA